CUACUAGGGCCUACGUUAUAUUCGCGAUUCGCAGACCAUGACCAAUCGUAAGGUGUGCGGUCGCCUUAAGGCCUGGCGCGAUGCUGCGAUCCGAUGCCGAUGGCUCCCCUCGGCCCUCCCACUCCCACUGUCCAGUCCCACAUCGAGAAGUAGCACGCGGACAAUUAUAAUCAAGAAACAAACGAAGUAAUAGUAACAUAAAUUAUGCAAUAUUUUCAAAUGGUUCGAGUCAUUUACCACCCAUGAUAGAUAAAUUGGGGAUCGAAUUUACCUUAAUGUCGUUAACAAUUUGCAGAAAUUUUAGUGAGUCUUGAGUUGAUGAGGACAUCUCGUCUCACGCGGGCAACACUGCAGUUAGCUAGCUUGAUUAACGUAACCAAUGAAAACAAUCUUUAGUAAUAUCAGUACCUAAUCUCUCCUAAAACGAGCGAUUUCAUUGGCGCAUAGAGCAAUUCAAGAUGGCGGCGCCCUUGACAGCAAUGGUUUGUAAACGUGCCUUCUCAUUGCUGAGUUACAGAUCUCAAAGCAUUUUAUUAAGCCGAAGAAGACACUAUUCUGAUACUCCAUGCACGACUGAAGGAGAAAUUUCAAAAAAUGUAGAAACUGAGACUGGCAAAAGCUCUCCAGGAGGUCCUAAACUCACAGGUUUUGCUGAGGCGUUUGUCAGACACGCGCAUGUGAGCGACGCCGAACCUUCGGGGGAUGUUCGCAGCACACUCCCGGACGAUGACCACCUCUCCUUUGCAGAAUUAUUCAGAAACUCGACACAUGCUCAUCUUGGUGCCGCUCACAAUCAAAUUGUGUAUGGAAAUGUAUUUCACAUUGUUGAAGACGAUUUGUACAUUGACUUUGGAGGAAAAUUCCAUUGUGUUUGUAAAAGGCCAGCAGAGAAUUCAGAAUCAGAAAAAUAUCACAGGGGUGCUCGUGUUCGAUUGAGAUUGAAAGACUUGGAAUUGACUGAUCAUUUUGUAGGUGCUUCAAGAGAUCUGACACUGCUUGAGGCUGAUGCAGAGCUUUUAGGACUGGCAAAGCAAAAAAUGAAGUGAAUUUUCCCCCUUCUAUGUUCAGUGUUAAUUAUUUGCUUUGAAACUUAUUUGGGUCAAAUUUAAGAGCAGAAGUUGAAAUUUCAUGUAGGGCCUACAUCUUUGUAAGUUCAUUCACAACAAAUUUCAAUUUCUGCCUAUGAUGCAAGUCAGACAUAUAUUAUGAAUUAAGAUUGAUUAAAUUGAUUUGAAUGUCUUUGACACCUGUCAAUUUUCUGUUCAAAACUUAGAUAUAAAACAAUGUAAAACAUACAAAGCAUAUAAUUUGAAAAAAUAACACAAGGCAAAACAAGGUAUAUCAAAAUAUUAAAUAAAAGUGAUUUUAAAUGGAGUAUAACAUACUGUAUGUACAGUAUGUAAGCAAUAGUUCAUAUGGAUAGCAAAUAACAUUUUUGUUUCCUUUCUAUCUUGUGGAACUUAUGUACUCAAAUAACAUGUAUGUAUUUCCAUUACCUUUCCCACAUACCUUGUGUGUAUAUUGAACUUAUUUCGUGCAUGGUUCCCCAGAUUUAAAAUGUUAGCGUGUUGUAAAGCACAUGAUCCAAUAAGGGCUCUGAUUAUGUAGCUCUAAUGUGCAGCAGGCCCUUCAUCAACAUGUGUAUCCUUUAUUUUUGACUUGUGAAAAAAAAUUAAUGAGAGCACUGUGAUAUCAAAUUUGAUUUUUUUUUGGGAGCUACUGUAGAUCAGCAUUUCAUGAAAUGGCUUGUCAGAUGUGUUAACUGACAUUUACCAUGGACAUGUGCUUCUCGGCCAAUCAAAACCAAGAAAGUUGUCAGAUCUAGAAACUUGUCAGGAGACAAAUGUUGAUCAAACUUCUGGUCCCUUUGUUCCCCCCCUGAAAUUUGCACUCAAGACUGUGCAGGAUAUGUGCUUUCCCCUUUCCUCCUGAUAGAUAUGCUGCUAUGCCACUUCUUAUUGGAGGUUUCAAGGGUGGAACAACAAAAUCUAUUACAAUUCUUUUGAUGUUCUGGUGAUUCAAACAUUGGUUAAAAUGAAUGUAUAAUGUCCUGUAUAUCAACCAAAUGAUUAUAUUAUAUUCAUUCGCCUCGUGCUAAAGUCUGAUGCGAUGUGUACAGUAAGAAUACACAAAUAGUGUCACAAUACUGUAACCAGUUCAUGAAUCAUUGCUAUGAAAAGAAGAAGAAAAAAAUCCAUGUUUGUGCUGUGAACAAUUUCCUAAAUUGUAAUGAAAUAAAAUAGACAUCACAUAAUUUGAAGAGGAAAAAUCUUGUGUAAAGUGCAGUAAUUUCAUUUAUGAUCAUGGUAACAUAAUAGGUAGACUUGCUGUUUGACAUUCUCUUUCCACUCUGAAUUUAUUGAUAAUGCGAUGGACCAGAAAGUAAACCAAUGUUAUUCAUUGUUAGUUCCUGUCCAGCAGCUCUAUGUAGUUUCUGUAAAUUCGGCACUGGUUACUGAGUGUAAAGGGCGCCAUCUGAUUUUUUUUAUCAGGACAUAUAUUCAGAUCAGUGAACUCCACUGGAUUCGGUGGUUGUACCAUAGAUAAUAUGGGUUUCAGGGGCGGUCUGGGGGUGGGGGCGAAAGAAGUGAGAGUGUAUGAAUGAACAGGAUGGAACUGAAAUGGAUAAAAAAAAUGUUGAUGAAAAUGUUCCCCGGGAAGACGGGAGAAGAUAAUGUGUAGGCCUAUAUGAAGAAAAUAGAAUUAGAAAGAACCAAAUAAUUAUAACAGAUGGAUUAUCAUACAACCCAUUCACUUCGAAACCAUGUUUAAAGGUCAAGUCCACCUCAGAAAAAUGUUGAUUUGAAUCAAUAGAGAAAAAUCAGACAAGCACAAUGCUGAAAAUUUCAUCAAAAUCGGAUGUAAAAUAAGAAAGUUAUGACAUCUCAAAGUUUCGCUUAUUUUUAACAAAAUAUUUAUAUGAACGAGCCAGUUACAUCCAAAUGAGAGAGUCGAUGAUGUCACUCACUCACUAUUUCUUUUGUUUUUUAUUGUUUGAAUUAUACAAUAUUUCAAUUUUUACGAAUUUGACGAUUAGGACCUCCUUGCCUGAAGCACAAAAUGUUAAAAUAAUGGAAUUCCACGUGUUCAGGGAGGAAUGAAACUUCAUUUCACAUGACAAUGACGAGAAAAUAAACAUAUUUCAUGUAAUAAAAUACAAAAGAAAUAGUGAGUGAGUGAUGUAAUCAGUUCCUCAUUUGCAUAAUGACCGAGAUGUGCAUAUAACUGUUUUGUGAAAUGAAGCUAAACUUUAAAAUGCCAUAACUUUCUUAUUUUACAUCCGAUUUUGAUGAAAUUUUCAGUAUUAUGCUUGUUGAAUUUUUCUCUUUUUAUUCAAAUCAAGUUUUUGUUGGGGUGGACUUGUCCUUUAAUACCGCAAGUAUCUUGGGCAUAAUAUGCUUCAUUCGAUUUUCUUGCACAUUCGAGACAGCAGCAGGUUCCUGCCUGACUACAGACCUGAUGAUAAGUUACAAAGGAAAUGUGUUAAAGAUGAUGAUUACUUUCCGCCAUACCUCUGGUCGAAUAACUUGAGCUGUCACGUUGCUCAUUUUCACAGGGCAAGCAAAAAUAAUUUUAUCUUAAAAUAAAAUAUGAAAUUACUCGACUGGCUGUAUGUGGCCGCAACAAGGGCAUAUAGCACUAUAAAUAAAUACAUGUUUAUUCC